UUAAUGUCACACACAAAGACGUCAAAAUCCAAUAACAACUUAUUUAUUUUCUACAAAUUCUUCUUUAUUAUUAAAUUGUAGUUAAUUGAUAUUGUUUUUUGGGUUUGGCUAUUUUUUCAAUUUAAUACAAUGGAUUGCCUCUGGAUAAAGAUAUCGCCCAGUUUAAACAAGGGUAUCAGUAUUACAAAUCAACUUGAUGACACAAGAUUUGAACAAUUUCUUCGCCGCAUUGUUAUGAAGUUAAAACUUCCUACCACAGAAAUAUUUACAGAAGAUGAAAGGUUGAAGCUGGAGAAAAUAUUUGGUACUGACCAAGAAAACUUAGUAUUGAGUAUCAAAACCCUUCAGUACAUAUUCAAAAGAAUGCUGAAGUAUAUUUUUAUGCCCAUUGAUUUAAAAAAUGAUUUGAAAACUAUAGGACUGACUAAUGAAAAAUCAGAAGCUAUAGUUAAAAUUUGGUCAGCAGAAACAAGAACAUCUUUAAAUGAGCUUGGUUCUAUCGCAACUAGUGAAACAAAUGAUUCCUUGAAUUUUUCUUGGAAAUUAAAUGCUGAAUUAAGCUCUGAUUAUCGCAAAAAGUACAAGAUACCUAAAGCCUACUUAUCUUUUACAAGAGAAAAUGAUGAAACUGAAGUAGAGUUAACACAUCCUGAACUCUAUUCUAUGUUUCUCCAAUUUGAAUCCAUUCAGAAUGAAUUGGAUAAUCUUAUAACAUAAUAGCGUCAUGGAAGUUAUUUCCUAUUUUAAACUGUAUUUACCGAAGGAAUACUUGUGGUGGAAUGAUGUGAUAUGAGUUGGUCCAACAUAAAAAGUAAUAAGUGUACAUAAGCUAUGGAAAGUUAUUCGCUGAGACUGUAAGAAAUUAAAUAAACAAUAUUGCAAAUUGUUCU